UCUCAAAUAUGCAGUGUACUGAGAUCAUUUUAAAUACAAAUGAAAUGCAAAAUAAAACUAAGCCGCUAGUGGACCGGUGCCCCAUAUAAAUGUGUAGUAUCCGCACCCAGGAUAGGCCCCAGGUCCACCAUAACACUCCAGGUUCUCCGGUUUCCUCCCUAACUUGCUACUCUAAAUUACCUCUAGGUAUGAAUGUGUAUAUGCUGUGAUGGAAACAUGCUAACAUAAAACAUGCUAACAUGGAAACAUAUUCCUAUUUUACACUAAUCCUACAUAGCUGUUACUGAUAAAUGAGUCAGUGAAUGUUUCUCCCUGUGAGAAACAAUCAACAAUUCCUUUCAUUCAUUAAAGAAAGUAUGUUUUAGUUAAUAAAUGAAGUGCAGCCUAGAAUUCAAAAGCAUAAAUGUAUACUCGUCUACAGCCAGUAAUCCAUUCUCUCUGUUCCACUCUCUAUCCCUCCCCUCACUGUCAGAACUGUUCAAGCAGAAUGUGAUUGGAUUCCCGCCCUGCCAUUCACAUGCAAAGACACACACAUACACACACCUCACGGCAACACCCACACAGGCAACACAUUGUACGGUUCUACACCAUAUGGACGGGAUUUGUUCAGUGGGACUUGCUUGAGGUUGAUAAACAUGAAUAAUAAUAGCACAAAAGAAUAAUAAUAAUAACCUGAUGAUGCUGUAUUGUAAGAGAAGCCAAACGUGCAUGGAACCUAAAGGCAGCUCUUAUGUUUGUCUAAUGAAAGAGAGCAGUGUAUGGUGAAAUCUACUCUGCUGCAUUUAUCUAAAGCCGUGAGUUUGUUCUGCCAAAUUUCACAGCAUGUCGGGUAACUACGAUGAGAAUCUGGGGUCUGAUGAGGCCACAGACAGUUUCUGGGAGGUUGGGAACUAUAAGCGUACAGUAAAGCGCAUUGAUGACGGUCACCGGCUCUGCAAUGAGAUGAUGAGCUGCAUUCAGGAGCGUGCCAAAAUAGAGAAGGCAUAUUCGCAGCAGCUAACAGACUGGUCUAAGAGAUGGAGACAGCUCGUGGAAAGAGGGCCACAGUAUGGGUCAGUAGAGAGGGCCUGGAUCUCAAUGAUGAAUGACACAGAUAAAGUGAGCGAGCUUCACCAGGACAUAAAGAACAUUCUUGUAAAUGUGGACAUGGAGAAAGUGAAAAACUGGCAGAAAGACUCUUACCACAAGCAGAUUAUGGGAAGCUUUAAGGAGACCAAAGAGGCAGAAGAAGGUUUCAGAAAGGCUCAAAAACCAUGGGCCAAAAAGCUUAAAGAGGUGGAGACAGCAAAGAAAGCAUACCAUAUGGCCUGCAAAGAAGAGAAGAUUGCCUCCAGCCGAGAAGCCAACAGCAAGGGAGAAGCGUCAUCUACCACCGCCGAGCAGCAGAAAAAGUUCCAGGAGAAGUUGGACAAAUGCAAAAGUGAAGUUCAGAAGGCCAAAGAGAAGUACCUGAAGGCUCUGGAUGAGCUGAGCAAUUGUACACCACAGUAUGUGGAAAACAUGGAGCUGGUGUUUGAACAGUGCCAGCAGUUUGAGGAGAAGAGACUGGCCUUCUUCAGGGAGGUGCUUCUGGAUAUCAAACGUCAUAUUAACCUCACAGAAAACCAAAGCUAUGCCACAGUUUACAGGGAGCUUGAACGAACCAUCACCUCUGCCAGUCCUCAAGAAGACCUCAGGUGGUUCAGUAACAACCAUGGACCAGGCAUGCACAUGAACUGGCCACAGUUUGAGGAAUAUAACCCAGAUCUCACCCAUGCCAUCAGCAAGAAAGAAAAACUGAAAAAGAACCAUGAUGGUGUCACACUCACCCAUGUCAUGACUGUUGGGGAUCAACACUCUUCACCACAGGUUGAAAACCGCAGCAGCGUGAGCAGUUAUGAAAAGACCCAGGCAUACUCGGCAGAGUGGUCGGAUGAAGAGCCGGCAGCUCCAGAGUCCAAUGGAGGCAACAACCCAUUUGAGGAGGAAAGGAGCCAAGGAGUACGAGUCAGAGCACUAUAUGAUUAUGAAGGGCAAGAACAAGAUGAGCUCAGCUUCAGAGUAGGUGAUGAGCUAACUAAGCUAGAAGAUGAAGAUGAUCAAGGCUGGUGUAAAGGACGACUGGACGACGGGCGGCUUGGACUGUACCCAGCAAAUUAUGUCGAGCCUAUUUAGUUGCCUUGUGUGGAAAAAUGGUCUUGUUUUAAAAAUGACCUGAAAGACUGGACAUAAACAGAGACUCCAAACAAUUUCCAUGUAAAACAGAGUCUUAUUCAUUCAGACCAUACCCUAACAACCGAAGUGAAGAAUCGAAUGUACAUAAAGUGUGCUGUAUCUGUUGUGUUCAUCUGCACAUUAGAUUUGGGAUAUCAGAAACAAAACAGUUCCAUAUGUAAUGUAAUUUCAACAGACACAAAUAAGGCCUUUACAUCACUGUGUGUCUGUAGUCUGUUCUGUAAGAUAUUGAUAUAAUGUGGUCCAUGAGGCCUAGCAUAGCAAUGCAAUAUGCAAUAUGUAUAUUUUAUUAGUUUCACGUGUUGUAGUGACAGUCUCACAUUUGUCCCUGAUUUUUGUCCCUGAUUUAUUACUUGCUUGGGUUAUAACAUGCAUAUACACAUGUCCCUUUUAUCUCUUAUUUAUUGAUCUGCUGAGGUCCAUGUCAUAGGUGUAUAUGAAUGUGUGAUGUUUCUAUCUCUAUGUACUGCAUAUGAAGUCACAGAUGUUUUGGCAUGUGUUAGCGUUUUCAUUUCAUUUCUACCUGGAAUGCAGCCUGCGCUGGAACUAGCCACCAUACUGCAGCUGGAUUGUGAAGCUCUGGCCCUGGCAUUUAUCAGUUUGGUUCAUGAUUCUAUUCCUGGAGUGCUGUCAUUGAGUCCUUUUGGAUGAAACGAAAUCUUAUUGGCACUAUGCUGUUUUUGUAGCAAUCACAUCUUCAAAGACCAAUUUAUAGUCUUACAUGCUUUAUGACAAAAGUGUUAUGUUAACAUCCUCACUACUAACAAAGUAAUUACCUCUCUAAUAUAUACCUGUCACUUACAUAUUUCUAAAUGCAACUAACUUUAUUGUCCUCAAGUAAACUACUAUAAAAUAUCUACUAUUUGUCCAUUCUAACAAAAAUACCUGAGCUGAGUGCCUAAUAUCAUUGCAAACCAUUUUCUCUAAGGAAUAUUUUACAAUGUUCGUAUGACUGCUAUAUCAUAAAAUUUGCAUUGAUAUGCAUAAAGGACAUAUGCAUAUGCCUUAAGGUAAUAUGUAAAGGUAAUACUUUACCUAAACAGUGGCACUGCAUCUUGCAAUGAAUAUUGCCAGAAUUGCCAUUAGGGUUUGGUUAGUAUUAGCAAAGUUAGGACUUCUGUGUAAAUAUUUUUUCUAUACUUUUCUGUUUGGCCAAUGUAAAGGGCAUGGAAUUGGGAGCACCAGCAUGAUCUGAGUGUGUUUAAGCUCACAUUUAAGCUGAUUUACGUCUAAUGCUGGUGUAGUGACUUUUCAACUGUUCACUUCUAAAUUAAAGCCUACCCUGUCAUGA